AUGCUGUUGCGAGCUGGCUACAUCCAGCAAGCGCUGCAUUUCUGUGAGUCAGCGGGAACAACACUGUUGUACUCUGAGGAGGUCAACCAUGGAUUUCUGGAGGACUUUAUGAAGCUUUGCUCAGAAUUCCACAGCAGCCAGCGGGACUUUGUUGCACCCAAAUGGAUGGACGUCCUCAGGGAGAUGGCAGAGAAGAUCCUUCUGGAGAAACAGCACGGGUGUGUUAUCAUCAGGGCACCUAUGAAGGUCAGGGCUGUAAAGGCUAAAGUGGCCACAGAGCAGCCUGACACGGCCUCCACCUCUCCUGGCCAUCAGUCUGGCACUGCCACCACCACCUCAUCUCCUGACCAGUCCUCUGAUGACCAGUCUGGCACUGCCACCACCUCAUCUGAUGACCAGUCCUCUGAUGACCAGUCUGGCACUGCCACCACCGCAGCUGGUCCCCAGACUGACUCUGACACUGCCACCACCUCAUCUCCUGACCAGUCUGGCACUGCCACCACCUCAUCUCCUGACCAGUCUGGCACUGCCACCACCUCAUCUCCUGACCAGUCUGGCAUUGCCACCACCGCUGCUGGUCUCCAGUCUGGCCCUGCCACCACCGCUGCUGGUCUCCAGUCUGGCCCUGCCACCACCGCAGCUGGUCUCCAGUCUGGCCCUGCCAUCUCCUCUCCUGACCAUCAGUCUGAUCCUGACACCAUCUCUCGCGACCAAGAGACCAAACCUCAGAAAAAGAGGAACAAGCUCUCUUGUUCACGCCGGGGAGGUAAUCUGGCUUCUGUGCACAGUUUUGCAGAACAUAACUUUAUUCAAGGACUGAUACGGGCACACACUAAUGAUUCACCUUUCACUUGGAUUGGGGGUUCGGAUGCUGAGCAGGAAGGAAUCUGGUUGUGGAGUGAUGGGUCCAGAUUUACAUUCAGCUACUGGGAGCAAGGUGAACCCAACAACGUCCGUGGCGAGCACUGUCUUUAUACAUAUGCUUCAGGUUCUACAAAGUGGAAUGAUGAGUCCUGUCAUGAUGCGCUUCCAUCCGUUUGUGCAAGAAGACUUAUUUGAUCAUAUUUUCACUGUAUUUCCCAUGGCAAUUGUGGUCUUUGUC